AUGAGGCCCAGGUUCGACCUCCGAGCCACCCCCGACGGGAGAUUUCCGGCUGGUAGUGGGGGCUCGGCCCAGAGCUGGGUCAUGUCGGAACUGCUACAAAAUUGGCUCAACAACGAGGUGGGCCUUUCAACGAAUGUAUCCAACUUCGAAAAGGACUUCUCUUCUGGUUACCUCUUCGGAGAGAUCUUGCACAAAUUCUGGCAGGCCGACUUCGAACAGUUUCAGAACAAGAAUUCGCACCAAGCAAAGAUUGCCAACUUCAAGACUCUUGAGCCAAUCCUGAAGGCACUAGGCAUCAAAUUUAAUGCCACGCUCAUCAACGCGGCCUGGGAACUUGGUCAUGAACGGCGAGCGAGGUGCUGCAUUGAGGACGAGGUUGAUUUGCUCCGAAGUGAGUUGGUUCAGCUUCGAGCCGAGCUCACUAUUCUGCGCAGGUCCAUACAGCGGGGUCAAGCGGGUACAAGCAGCGAACCUGCUGGGUACUCCCAUCCUGCUCCCGAUCCUAGAGAGACUGAGAGCACCAGCAGCUUUUCUGUGAUCACUUCGGGCGAGCCUGAGCAAGCCCCAAUUCCAGAGGCUCGCAUUCCUGGCCUUACUUGGGUUGAGCGCGAGGAGAUUGCGACUGAGGUGGGGCGUUUUUUGCGGCGCUCUUUGUCUGGGGUGCAUCGAGGCAGCUCGGGGCGUGACGCCCUUCCACUGGCUUCGAGGUUCUGGAUUGUGGUCCGAGAUUUUCAAGGCACCGUGUACGACCCUGUCAGGGUCUUCUGCAAGUGGUCAUCGGCUCGUGCUUUGGUGAAGCGUGGAGCCAGUGCAGGGGAUUCAGUUUUUGUGGGACUUCCCAGUCAGCGGGAAGUCGAUCGAGCGGUUCGAGCAGGGGCCGAACAUUCAGUUGAAGAAGUCCCUGAAUCGACCCAUCCCUUCGUUUUUGAAGAAGGGGAAAUUCAGAUUGCAUAUCCCAUCGGCAUCAUUCCUGAAUCCGCCAGAGCUCACAAGCGAAUCUCAGUGAUUUUCAUAGCUGAAGUUGAGAGAAAGGUCUUGGCUGCUCUCCCUUUGAAUGCAUGGAACAGCAGACGAGAAUUUCGACAGCUAGCAGCCAAUUGUUUCACAAAAGCAGCACUGCUCGAAGUAGCGGUAUGUCUUAUGGAGGACCAAGCGCACCCGGAUUCGGAAAUCACUAUGAGGGUGUGGGUCGGUUUUCUCAGUUCCACAGUGGUGCAGUCAGUGGUUUGGAGUUCAGAGGAGGAGCCGGCAGAAGUCUCCUUCGACCUAGAUGGAUCACUGGAUUAUUUGCCUUACUCGCAUGCCUUGACCGAGGUUUGCCAAGAUCAUUUUUCUUUUCAGACUCCGAUGGAGGAAAUUCCCUCUGCGGAGCCCGUUCCAGAAGAUGUUGGGUUGGGCGUGCUUUCUUCCAGGGUGACCUCUCUGGAAAGUCAGCUGAGUCAAGUAGCCAGUGGAGUGGAGGCCUUGCUUCGAGAGGUGAAGCCGCGUUCUCUGCCGAGCCCGAAGGCCAGAGUGCAUUUUGCCCAGAGUCAUGCGACGAUUCCUCCAAGUGUUCAACCUCCCGAGCCCAGAGCUUUCCCAGGAUUGGAUCCAGGUGUUGUUUCUGCGGCUUUGCAGGCCGGAAUUGGCGAAGAGGCUCUCACAGAGAUGCAGACCCUUCUAUCGAAGACUGGGAAGAUGGGGAAAACCCGCGAGCCAGCCUUGCGGCAGCCAUUGGCCGCAAGCGCGCUUUCCGAGACCGAGGAGGAGGCCGAAGAAUCUGGUUUGGCAGGCAGCGGGUCCAGCCAGGAUCCUAUGACAGCAGCAGUUUCGAAGCUCACUCAGAUUGUUUCCGUGUUGGCUCAGAACAAGAAACCUUCCAGUUCCAAUCGGGUGGAGGCCGCUCUGGAUGGCGUGAGCCAUGCUCAGGAGAUUGGAGGCUAUGGCAGCGGCAAGAGGGCUGCAGCGGCGCGUCGAGCGCUUCGGAGCGCUUUGGUGGAGCACCCCGGCGAUUUGUCUGCGGUGAUAGAGCGACAUAUGUGGGAAGACCUCAGCAGCCAGACUCUCACUCCUGGGAGUCCUGUUGCGUCGUUGAGUGCUCGAGCCUGGACCGAGCAUCGGUCAAAGAUUGGUGCUUACAAGUCUAUUGCGCAUGCUGCGUGGGGCGUUUCAGGUGCGCUGGACGCUCUGUUUCGAAACGAUGUGCCGUCGGCAAGAGCCCGCCUUUGUCUCCUCCUCCUGCAAUUGGACCAAUGCGCCGUGGAUCGCGGCGGCUGGCAGCUGGCGGCGGAAUUGUCGUUGGAAGCUCCGCCCCCUUUUUCGGUGCUGAGCCAACAUCAACCGCCAAACACUGCAGACGGAGAGUUACCAUAUUCUCGUUUGUUGGAUGCAAGGUGGGCAGAGAUUGCUCUGAGUCAUUUGCGAGACACGGAGGAGUACCUCACCAAGAGGCGGGGCCUGAACAAGUCUGGAGCGAAGGAAGAGCUGCCGGAUCCCAAGAGGAAAGCAAAGGCCAAACCGAAGGCAAAAGCCGGGGAGGGCGCUGCCGCGUCCGAUCCCUGA